AUGUUUCGGAAUGUGUUCAGUGGAUGUGUGUCUGAUCGAAGUUCUCAGCACGAAGCGCUCCGUUCACAGAAACUGAAGUUUGGCGCCUCCCUGUCAUCAUCUCUAAAACAUGGCUACCUUCCAGGCCCACUUGUGGAGAUACUAGUUCACAUUGCCAAGGAAGGAACUGCGACGGCCGAUUUGUUUCGCCGGCCGGGAAAUCCAAAUGACACUAGAAGAAUUGUGAAACGGUUGACUGAAGGAAAACAGGUCAUCUUUGCCAAUUAUAGUUUUUACACGCUGGCAUCGGUUGUUAAGAAGUUCUUGCUGAAGAUACCAGGUGGAGUGUUCACACCUGAGGGGGAAGCCCAGCUGCUGAAUGUACUCAGCUUUGUCCAUAAAGUGGACCAGAUCAAAGCUGUACACAAUUUUAUAGAGACCCUAACAACUGCUCACCAACAGUUGAUUGCCUUGUUGUUCGGCACCUGGUUUCGUAUCGUCACUUUCCAAGAGCAGAACAGCAUGUCAGUGGAGGCAUUGUCCCGCAGUGUCGCUGGCAGCAUGUUUCACACCUGCGCAGAGGACCCUGCCAAGGUUGAAAAGGCUAGCCGUAUUAUGCAGUUCCUCAUUGACAACUUUGGUGUGGCAGACAUGUUUGGCUUUGAGAACAUCCGCUUUUUUACAGAGGCAACCCAUACAGGCAUACAUAUACAAGAGCUGUACCAGUAUACGUUUGUUGCAGACACUCAGUCCAUUCCACAGGAAAGAACAGACAUUAUUGAGGUGACAAGAAUGGAGCAUGAGGAAGAAAAGGAUGAAGAGGAGGAGAAAGAAAUGGAGUGUAAUGAGAACCCACAGUCAGUCCUAACACCAGUCAGACAUUCAAGAGAGGGAAAGGGCAGUUUUGACAAUCAACUGAUCAUCAAUACAUCCACAUUGUCUGCCCCUGAAGUCUCGCUUGUUCCCUCGCCGGACGUGUCAAAGCGCCCGAAGUCACUGGAGGACAACUUAAAUGAAGUUCGUUCUCACUACCAAAGUCGGUGUCUUAGUCGAUAUAACUCAGUCAAGAGGAAACAGCUUGAACGCCUGCGGCAGAGAUCUGAUUGGUUCCUUAGUCCGACUGUGAGAGAGAAAAACAAUAGCAGAAAAGGGAGGUUACAGUGGGAGGUCAGCCGGCAUUCAGACAACAUUGUGGAAAGCUGUAGUCAAAAUUUUAGUGGUAGUCUGAGCAGUCAAAUCAAAAAUGGUAAUAAAAGUCAUCAUAGUGGCAACAAGCAAGCGCUGCAAAAGAAAAACUCAGGGAGCUCGGUAACGAAAGCUGCUUCAGAGACUGCUGUCACGGAAACAUUGUUCGAUGGGGAUAGCGUGUUCACAGACAAUACAAGCCGCAGCGAGUCUCCGGCCUCAGAGCCCAUGUGGUCUCAUGUUUUCAAAUUUCGCUCCCGUGAUGUUAUACACAGUGACCCCAUCGCUGAGCUUGUGCCGCUUGAGGUGGGUUUGCCUGGAGGAGGUUCUGGUGCAGAUCUCAGCAUGGGCUCUCGGGGAAGUUUUGGUAGCCACCGUUUCUUUGAUUUGUCUCCGUCGUCAGUACGAAGUGGAGCCCUUAUGGAGGAACGAGUCGGGGAUGCUGGGACAGAUGAUGAUGAUGAUGAAAAUACACCUCCAACAAUUCUACAAGAAGAGGAAGACACCCUGAUGACAUCCUCUUUACCAGAUCUUCCGUUGCAGAGCAGCAUGGACGAAUCCUGUUUGUACACUCAGGACCUUGAUAAACAGUCACCCACAGACCCAUUUGCUGAAUGUCUCACAGAUGAACAAGGUAACCAAACAGAACAGGAAGGUUCCUUUGUGGCUGAGGCUCCACCUCAGACUGCUCAACCAAAGACAGGUGGCUUCAUUCCAUGGCAGCAUUCUCUACAGGGCUCAACCACAGAAGGGACAACAGAAGCGGAUCAGAUAAAAGGCAAAUUUCCAGGUGAUGGAGGAAUUCCUCAAAGGAAUAGUUUGUUAAAAUCAGAUGUGCAUUUAUUUGGGGAUGAUGAGUGUACUUACAGUGAUCAGCUCACAGAUUCCUAG